AUUUCCCUUCUGUAAUCAUAAAGAAGGAAGAAGAAGAAGAAAUUUGGGUCAUAUAUCAACAUGGUUCCGAGGGAAAUGAAAGCUUUCCAGCUGCUUCUUCAGAAAACGACCGCCUGAGAGGCUGCAUGAGAGAUAAAGAAAAUAAAUGCUCAGACUGUGGGAAGACUUUCACUCAAAGGUCCAGCCUUAUCAGGCAUGAGAAGACGCAUACAGGAGAGAAGCCGUACCAGUGCUCUGAGUGUGGAAGGAGUUUCAGCCAGAGGUCCAUCCUGACCCGACAUGAGAGGACCCACACUGGAGAAAAGCCAUACAAAUGCUCGGAGUGUGGGAAAAGCUUCCGCCACAAGUCGGCCCUUCUCAGGCAUGAGAAGAUGGAAGCUGGGGAGAGGCCUUACGAAUGCUCACACUGUGGGAAGGCCUUCAUUCAGAGGUCAAAUUUCCUCAUCCAUGAAAGGAUCCAUACUGGGGAGAAACCGUACCUGUGCUCCGACUGUGGGAAAUGCUUUGUCCAGCGGUGGCACCUCCUCAUCCAUGAGAUGACCCACAAGCAGGAGGAGACGUACCAAUGCUCCAGGUGUGGGAAGAAGUUCGUCCACAGCUUGAGCCUUCUCAUCCAUGAAAGGAGCCACACAGGGGAGAAAGUAUAUCAGUGCUCCGAAUGCGAGAAAGGCUUUGCUCAGAGGUCUAGCCUUGUCCGACACGAGAAAACACACACGGGAGAGAAACCUUACAAAUGCCUUGAGUGUGGGAGAAGUUUCAGUCAGAGAUCUAUCCUUACCAGACAUGAAAGAACCCACACGGGAGAGAAACCGUACAAGUGUUCCGAAUGUGGGAAAAGCUUCCGCCACAAGUCGGCCCUGUUGAGGCACGAAAAGAUGGAAAUGGGGGAAAGGCCAUAUAAAUGCUUACACUGUGGAAAGGGCUUCAUCCAGAAGUCCAACUUUCUCAUACACGAACGAAUUCAUGCGGAAGAGAAACCCUAUCAGUGCCUAGAGUGUGGAAAGCGCUUCGUUCAGAGGUCACACCUUCUUGUUCACAAGAUGACGCAUAAACAAGAUGAGCCCUAUCAGUGCUCAAAAUGUGGGAAAAAAUUCAAUCACAGCUUAAGCCUGAUUAUCCAUGAGAGGAGCCACGCGGGGCGGAAACCAUAUCAGUGCCCUCGCUGUCAGAAAAUGUUCGCCACUAAAAUGAACCUUAUCAGACACACUAAGGAACAUAAAGGACAGAAGCUGUGUGCAUGUUUACACUGUGGGAAACACUUCAGUGAUCGGUCAGCUUUCAUCAGGCACAAGAAAACGAAUGUGAGAGGGAAGUCCUAUUGGUUCUCAGGAUGUGGAAAAAACAUCAUUCAAAAAUUCAAGGUCUUGGCUCAUAAGAGACCUUGUAAUGAAGAGACGCUGUAUAAUUGCUCCGUCUGCAAUAGAAGAUACCACCUGAAGUACAACCUUCUCAUACAUGAAAGAGCCCACAUGAGGAAGAAGCUGGAUAAAUGUUCAGAGUAUAGCCAAACCUUCAGCCAGAAAUCCAACUAUAUUGCGUACACAGGAGAAAAACCCCAUAAAUGCUCUGACUUUGGGAGUCCUUUCAAAGAUCAGCGACACCUCAUGAAACACCAGAAGAUCCAUGCAAGCAAAAAGUCUUAUGCAUGUCAUGAGUGUGGAAAAAGCUUUAAUGACAAAUCAACCCUGGUUGUGCACAGGAAAGCCCACACCAAGGAAACCGCUUCGAGUCGCCUCCGGGCUGAUAAGGGCGGUAUACAAGUAUAGUAAAUAAAUAAAUAAAUAAAUGCCGUAUAAAUGAGUCGAGUGCCAUAAACAGGGUUCCAUCCUGGGCCCGGUCUUGUUUAACAUCGUUAUUAAUGACUUAGAUGGAAGGUUAGAAGGCAAGAUCAUCAAGUUUGCAGACAACACCAAAUUGGGAGGGAUGGCCAAUACUCCAGAAGACACGAGCAGAAUUCAAAAUGAUCUUAACAGCUUAGGGAGAUGAUUGACUAAAACUAACAAAAUGACGUUCAGCAGUGACAAAUGCAAGAUACUCCACUCUGGCAGAAAAAAUGAAAUGCAAAGAUACAGAAUGGGGGACGAUGCCUGGCUCCAGAGCAGUAUGUGUGAAAAAGAUCUUGGGGUCCUUGUGGACAACAAGUUAAGUCAACAAUGUCAUGCGGCAGCAAAAAAAGCCAAUGAGAUUUUGGCCUGCAUCAAUAGGAGUCUUGUACUUAGAUGCAGAGAAGUUAGGCUACCCCUCUAUUCUGCCUUGGUCAGAUCACAUGGGAAUAUGGUAUCCACUUCUAGGCAUCGCAAGGGAAGGGAGAUGUCACCAAGCUGGAAUGUGUCCAGAGGAGGGCAACUCAAAUGAUCAAGGGUCUGGAGAACAAGCCCUAUGAGGACAGAGUGGCUUAAAGAGCUGGGCAUCUUUAGCCUGAAGAAGAGAAGGCUGAGAGGAGACAUGAUGAAGGCCAUGUAUAAAUAUGUGAAGGGAAGUCAUAGGGAGGAGAGAGCAGGCUUGUUUUCUGGUUCCCUGGAGACUUGGAUGCGGAACAAUGGCUUCAAACGACAGGAAAUGAGAUUUCACCUGAACAUGAGGAACUUCCUGACUGUGAGAGCUGUUCAGCAGUGGAACUUUCUGCCCGGAGUGAGGUAGAAGCUCCUUUUGAGGCUUUUAAACAGGGACUGUGGCUUCAGAUUUUGUCAGGACUUUCAAGGAGCUUUCCAGUGUGUUGCUUCAACACCUUUAAUAUCUUAAAUAUUCAAACUGAAGCAGUCAUCUCAUUACUGAAAAAGGAUGCCACCAGACAUCACAAUUUAGGGAAGCAAAGCAGAAGUAUGGAAUGUAAUUAGUUUUGCUAUUGAUGUUAUUCCAAUUUUAUUCCUUGCUGUUUGUUUCAUUGUUUUGACUUCGAUGUAAUCAUUUGAUUGCCAUAAGCUAACUGGACAGCAAAGCAAAACUGUUAAUAAAUAGAUUUCACAAAUAAAAAGAGUAAUUUUUGAUGAUGA